AUGCAAUAGCUUUAUAGAUACUUUAAGUCAAAACUGUUUUUUUAAUCUUAACGUCUACAUUCCACAGACUGAGUGCGCACUAUGUACGUCUCAUGGUCCAGUGCGUGAAUACUCGCUUUAACUGCGUUGUGCCACCUGGGAGCGGUAAACGCACCCCUAUUGAACUGAAUGAGCGGCGGUGACGCACAAGCCUCACGAACGAACCGGAUCAGACAGAUUUUGGCGUGUCACUGCUGUUACUGUCACCCUUACCGAAGUCGUUUGUCCAUCCCAGCUUUAAAAAGUUCUUCGCAGUCAUUGUGUGGGCGUUAAAGUGCAGAAGAAGAAGAAGAAAACGGGAGGCAUGUGAAGUUACUGUCUGUCACUUUCACCAGAGAUGAAGAAUUCAGUGGAAGAUGAGUGCGCUGAUUCGGGAGCAGAGACUGGAGGCUGUGAACGAUGAAAAGAUGCAUCCUGGUUUGUUUAUAGGUCUGACUACAGUCUUAUGUCAUCAGCAAGCAGUGAUUUGUCCAUGGGGGACCUACAAGACCCUUUCCUAGUUUCUAUCCACAUCAUCACUGACCCUGGUCAGGCCAAACCACUCCAGCAAGCUGCUGAUCAGGUCCUCUCCUGGCUCCACCCGGAUCUUACCCUCUUCAGGGUGUCAGAACGGGCAGGUGGUCUCUCUCGAAAGCCCAAGGUCCGCCUACAGCGCAUCACUGAACCGCCAUCACACCAGCCAGCCUUGGCCGUCAUCCUGUUCCUACAGGAUGAAUAUGGAGGUGAAGAGAGUCUUAAACGUCUCCACAGUCAGCUGAGAUGCCCACCAUGGCGAUACCACCACACAGAGCGUGUGAACGGGCGAGGGCUGUUACCCCUUUCGCCAGCCAGCCAGGACUUUGUUACUUUGGCACCAGGCACACCACUAUGGGCGCUUCGCCAGGUGCACUAUGGCAAAGAGAUUGUGCGCUUUACGGUCUACUGUCGCUACGAUACCUACACCGAACAGGUGCGUCUGUACAGGCUGCUCCUGCGCCGAAGGCUUGCCCAGAAGAAGGAGGAUUUCUGCUUCUGUGUGGUCUACUCCAAUCCUGAAACAGAAAUCCAGCUGUCAUUCAAGCGGAUGCCCCGUGGCCAGAGCCCCGCCCCCACUGAAAAUGCUGUGAUGGAGAUUCGAGUGAGGGAUGUCGGUGAACUUGUGCCACUGCUGCCACGCCCCUGCACGCCCAUCAGUGACGUCCGCUGGCAAACCAACGAUUAUGACGGGAACAAAAUAUUGCUACAGGUUCAAGGUUCACGGUAUUACCGCAAACAUACCAUAGCAAAGUUCUGUCACCUUCCUCCUGAAGAUCCUCCGAUCACCUCCCUCCCUCCACCAGAGAUGCCCCCUCCUCCACCUCCACCUCCACCAUACGGUCGCGGCCCUGCCUCCUAUCGGAAUCGCCGUUACCACCGGAACUCCUCGCGUUCGAGGAGCCAGACCCUUCCGUCUCCUGUCAUACACGCCUCCAGGACAUCUCCGCCGACGCUGUGUGAUCAGGAGGGCCGUGUGGAGAGGCUCCAGAGGGAUGUGGAACUCUUACGGGCUGGAUGGACAGGUCACCGCACACAGUCCCUCUUUUCUCUGCCUACAGAUGAGUCCCGUUCCUCGUGUGCCUCUCCGUCAAGCUUCCGUCCUCGCUGCUUCUCUUCCAUGGCUGCUCCAAUUUUCCGUGUCAAUGUCGAUACGCUAGUGGGAGCCGAAGAGACAGAUGUGGACACGGGACGAACCAUCAGCGGCAGCUCUGUGGACCUGUCGGUGGUCUCAGGUUAUUCCCAUCCACAGCUGAGGCCCCGUCUAAAGGCCCCAGCCCCACGGCCCAAGUCUGCUCCUCCGACAGAUGGAGGUCUUGACUUUUCUGAACUGACCCAUAAUAACACCUCCUUCUCCAUAAGACAGACUCCUGUGCCGUUUAGAACACAGAGCGUCUCUGCAAAAUCCACACCUUGUGUAGUACACAAACCCCAGCCAAAGAAUGUGUGUGUCUCACAGCUGGAUGCGUUGCAGAACAGAGGACAGCAGAACAGCAAUGGUAUCACAACAAUAGAUGACUGUAGUCAAGAAGGCACUGCGGAGGAUGAGCAAGAAUUUUAUAUCUGACACGUGCAGGACAGACAUCUCAUAAACAUGUAUGCAGGCAUUUGGGUAAGAAGAGGGAGAUUUGAUGUCUUUUAUAAUUGUUAGUUGAGUAUUUAAAUGUGGAAAACCCUUAAAGGGAAAGAUCAGCUUAAAAUGAAAAAAUGCUAAUGUUGUUCCUAAUGUGACUUCUUCGAAAGUAAGAUAUUUUAUUGAAACCUGAGACGUUUCUGUCACUUCCAUUGAAAGUCCAGGUGACCAAAAGAUCUAAAAGGUCACAAAGAUGUUGUAAAAUGAACCGAGCAGUUUAAUCUAAAUCUUGUGAAGAGAUGCAAUCAAUUUAUAUGAACAGAUUUAAUUGAAGCUUUUCUUUGCAUCUAAUCAAUGAACGACAUGCAUAGAGCACAUAUGUCGCAGUGGAGGGACAGUAGGGAAGUCUUAUGUGUUUGGAAUGACAUGAGGAUGAAUAAAUAAUGACAGCAUUUUUGGGUGAACUAUCCAUUUUAAAAGCUUUGUUCUAUAGCAAAUAUUUUUUAUUAGCAACAGGCCAUGCUUCACAAUGUGCAUUCAUAAUGAAUGACUUUAAGACUUAAUAAAACUGGCUUUUAUUUGUUGAAUGUGGUGAUAUUCUGUAGUGUUUCAUAAUAGUUGUAAUAACAAAAGAGCAAUUGCUUAUGUCAGAGAACUCAAUGAAGAAUAAAACUCUGCCACCUAGUGGUUGAACAUGGCAACUACACAGGUGCUAGACACUUGUAUUAUGCCACAUGUCACAACAUUAUUAGAGAAAAUAUUCACUUCUCUACAAUUUGUACAGUUUCACUAUUUGUUCUGUAUAAGAGUUUAGGAAAUUGUUUUGUUUCUGGCUUGAAUGUAAUGCUUUACAUUAUCAUGCAUUUUAAAUUAUAUGUAAAUACUUUGUUUUAAAUACCUCUGUCAGUGACCGAGAUUUCAUUAGAAUGACUUCUGUGCAAAAUAUCAGUGAUUAUAUGGAUAGACGAGAAAAUAAUCAAGGAAUUCAUUAAUGUCUGUGUUUACAAAUAUAAAGUAAUUAUAUUCUUUGUCAUUUCAUGGUGUGAAUUACUUGCUAUUUGAUGUGAUGUAAUAAAACCAAAUAAUUAUUAUGUUUAUUAUUGGGGUUAGCAGCUGUUUUCUGGAGAAAAUAAUAAAUACAUUGUGGGAAGUUGCUACUUCUACUAAGAUUGGUCCUUAGAAAUUCUUUAAAUUUAUUGCAUGUUAUCCCUAAUGUGACCAAUAUGUUCAUCUGGUAAAACACAGGAAACAAGAUAUAUACUUCAUGGUAAAGAAAUAUGUAUGCCUGUUAAUCAUUAUUAGCUAAUAUUACACAAUAUGGUCUGAUUCAAAUACUGGUUGCAAAUGUGUUCUGCAUUAAAUUAUUGAGUCAUGUAAAAAAGUGACUAAUUUA